AUGGAUCUCGAAAAGGAAAUUUGGAUACACAUCUAUCAGUAAGUUUCUUCUUGCUCUUUGCGACCCCAAGAAUCAAGUUUUUGCAGGCAAUUAAUUUAUCAUCACAAUUUCGAAGCAGUUAACGAAGAUUUUUGGAAUAGUUUCAAAUUGGCGAAUUGUUGUCAGCACACCAUUGAGGAUUUAAAACAAUAUUAUGAGUCCGCUAUGAAGAACAAUUUGCACAAAAUGAAAUUGGAUGGAUGGAUUAUUUUGGAUUUAUAUAAGUACAUGAAAAUUCCGAUUUCGAACAUCGUCCAGCCGGAAAUUGAAGAAAAUUUCAAAGUUGUGAUCAAAUUGGAUGAGCAAAGAAUGAUGGUGGAUUACGAUUUUGUUCAAACAACACCUGUCAACCCAAAGCACCCAACUUUGAGUAAACGAAAGGCCACAAAUCGAACAAUCCAACGUCGUAAAAGUUUCACAAUCAGCGACAAAGUGCAAAUGGCCGAAUAUUUGUUUGAAAAAAUGGUUAAGGCUGAAGAAGAAGGUGAGACGAUCUCACCACGUGGAAAUUCGAUUUGGCGCAAUUAUCGAUGUGAUGUGAAUGGUGGAAGAGGUGUUUAUAAUUAUCAGAGCCAGUUAGUUUUUUUUUUUUGAAAAUAUUACAUUUUUAUAUAGAAAACUUUUUCAGCUUCACUCGCCAAAUGACCAAAUACCUCUACACUCUUCCAAUGAACCGCGAGAAAAUUCUUCGAAUGUACCACGGAUUCCGAAUCGAAGUCAAUGCUAAAAUGCGUCAAAAGAUCGCGAAACUUUUGAAAGUCAAAUUGGAUAUUCGUGAAAAUAUGAUUGUUGGUUGGAAAGUUGUUGAAGGAGGAGAAGGAAAAGAGGAAAAAGAAGAAGAAAAAGAAGACGAUGAUAAUGAUGAUGAAGAGGAUGAUGAUGAAGAACAAGAAGAAGAUGAGGAGGAAGAUGGUAGCGGAAGCGACUAA